CAGGCAGCAGCACAUUUUGUGCACGUUGGUUACCUCCUUGAGCGUACGCAGCUCGCUGUCGUGCAGGUGUUUUGCAUAGGAGAGCUUGUCGCUUUUGCCUUAAGACACAACCUGCAGUCAUGGCUGAGCAGGUGGCCGCCAUGUGUGAGCAGCUCAUCAAAGCUGUGAAUGUGAUGAUGGACGCAGAAACGGCACAAAUCUACCGACUGGAGGCCCUAAAGUUUUGUGAGGAGUUUAAAGAGACGAGCUCCUUCUGUGUCCCAUGUGGCUUACAAUUAGCCGACAAAGCCCAGCCAGCUGUGGUGAGACACUUCGGUUUGCAAAUCCUGGAGCACGUCAUCAAGUUUCGAUGGAACAACAUGGAACAACAAGAGAAAGUCCAGUUGAAGGAGUGUGCCAUGCAGCUGUUAUCCACUGGUACUCAUGCUAUCCUGGAGGAGGAGAGCCACAUCAAAGAUGUGCUGUCACGAAUCACUGUGGAAAUGAUAAAGAGGGAAUGGCCUCAACAUUGGCCCGAUAUGCUGAAAGAGAUGGAGGCUCUCACUAGCCAUGGGGAGGCGCAGACGGAGCUGGUGAUGUUGAUCCUGUUGAGGCUGGCGGAGGAUGUGAUCACCUUCCAGACGUUGCCCAACCAGCGACGCAGAGACAUCCAGCAGACGCUCACCCAAAACAUGGAAAGCAUCUUCAGCUUCAUGAUGGCCAUUCUGCAUGUUAAUGUCGAGGACUACCGUAAACUGAAAGGGUCACCCGGACAUGAACUGCAGGCCAGAGCUCACUGUCGAGUCGCGGUGGCUACGCUGAAUACACUUGCAGGCUACAUAGACUGGGUGUCUCUGGUGCACAUCACCACCGGAAACUGUCAUCUACUGGAGAUGUUGUGUUUGCUGCUGAGUGAACCGGAGCUGCAGCUGGAGGCAGCAGAGUGUCUGCUCAUCGCUAUCAGCCGGAAGGGCAAGCUGGAGGAUAGGAAGCCAUUCAUGCUGCUGUUUGAUGACGUGGCCAUUCACUACAUCCUGUCUGCAGCCCAGUCAGCAGAUGGACUGGCUAUAUGUGAGAAGUCCGCUGAGUCACAAGCCGUGGAGGUGGUGGAGCGGCGGUACAUCUUCCUGAAGAGGCUGUGUCAGGUCCUGUGUGCUCUGGGAGGCCAACUCUGCUCAUUAGUGGGUUCAGAUGUAGAGGUCGAGGUACCUGCAAAUCUCAGCAAGUACACGGAAGCGUUUCUAGCCUUCACUAAACAUUCCAGUCAGUUUUUAAAGUCAUCCACUCUGGCCACUUGGGGAGCUUUGUUCAGACACGAGACUCUGUCGAAGGACGCGGUUGUUGUUGAGAUGGCCGUCAAAUACCUCAGAGCGUCUAUGACCAACCUAGUGAAGACGGGAUUUCCAUCUAGAAACGACAACCCAAGUUGCGAGUACUCCCGUGUGGACUUUGACAGUGACGAGGAUUUCAACUCGUUCUUUAAUUCUUUUCGAGCACAGCAGGGAGAGGUCGUGAGGAUUACGUGUCGCAUCGUCCCUCUGGAGGCUUUCCAGAUAGCAGCAGAAUGGCUACAGUAUCAGAUCGCCAGCCCGAUUGAUACCGGGGCUACAACAUCUGCUGAGGGCCUGUGCUCACUCUUGUCUCCAUCAGUGGUCCAGUGGGAUGCAAUGACCGUCUUAAUGGAGUGUGUGGUCGCACAGAUUUUCAAAAAUCUGGAGGAGGAGAAGUUACCGAUAGAUCAGAGCAUGGAGCUGCUGCAGGCCGUGCUGAACUACAACACCAAAGACCCGCUGAUCUUGUCCUGCGUGCUCACCAACAUCUCUGCUCUCUUCCCGUUUGUUAAACAAAGGCUGCAAUUCCUGCCACAGAUUCUCUACAAGUUGUUUAGUGCCAUAACAUUUGAGGUUGGUCAGGAAAGUAAGGCACCUCGGACCCGAGCUGUAAAGAACGUGAGGAGGCACGCCUGUUCCUCCAUCAUCAAAAUAUGCCGGGAUUACCCACAAUACAUCCUGCCUUGUUUUGACUUGUUUUACAACCACGUUAAGAAGUUGUUCUCGAGCGACGCCACGCUCACUCACAUGGAGAAAUGUUCACUGAUGGAAGCUCUGGUGCUCAUCAGUAACCAGUUCAAAGACUUUGCAAAGCAGAAGGCUUUUCUAGAUGAACUGAUGGCUUCAGUGGUGGCAGAAUGGACCUCGGAUGAGAUGAGGCGGGUGCUGUGUGACCCGGCUGUGUUCCUGUCCUUUGUGGGUGCCGACCAGGUGGUCAAUGAGCAAAGUCCAGAUGCAGACACAGCGGGCCUUAAUAGGGGCCGGCUGGGUUUCUGCUUGUAUGCCAUGUUGGGGGUGGUGAAGCGGGCACGCUGGCCUGCAGACCUGGAGGAAGCCAAGGCCGGUGGCUUUGUGAUGGGCUACACCGCUGCUGGAGCUCCCAUCUACAGAAACCCCUUCACUGCCCAGUUUCUGGUCUUGCUGCCCAACCUGCUGGCUCUAAUCAGGACUAACAACAGUCUGUUCAUGCCAGAGAACAUGGCUCGUCUCAGUGAGACUUUCUCCAGGGCCCAUGAAGUGAUGGCUGCAGAGAGAAAUGUCGUUCUUGGUCUCUCUCAGCAUCCUCUGGAUAUUUAUGACUCUCCUGUGUAUAGAACCAGCCCGGAGCGGAUGCAGGGAUUUCUAUCCACACUGUAUGACAACUGCUUCCACGUCCUGGGGAAUGCAGGUCUGUCCUUGCAGCAGGAAUUCUUCACCAUUGAGAGACUGAGCGAAGAAAUAGCCGGUUCUGCUUUCGUCUCCCUCGACCGUGUGCCUGACCACAGACUUCGCCCUAUGAUUCGGGUGUUCCUGAGGCAGCUGGUGCUAUCGUGUCCUCAGGAGUACUACAACACUCUGAUCUGCCCCCUGCUGGGACCUCUGUUCGCCUACAUGCAGCAGAGGCUCAACGUCAAGUGGCAGCUCAUCAACCAGAGGAGCUCUGUCAAUGGUGAGGAGGAGGAGGUGGUGGUGUGUCAGGAGAGCCAGGUGACGCAGGAGAUGUUGGAGGAGCAGCUGGUUCGCCUGCUCAGCAGGGAGGUCCUGGACCUCCUCGCUGUGAGCUGUAUUUCCAAAAAGCUGCCUGAACCAGCUGCAAAUAAGGAGGAAAUGGACGAGGAAGACAUGAUGGAUUCAGUGCAGGCGGCGUCUCCAGCCCAGCCCACAGAGGAGCUGACUGAGCUGGGAAAAUGCCUGCUGAAACACGAGAACAUCUACAUGACCCUGUUGACCCUCUCCUUCACCUCUCUGUCAUGGAAGGACACCACUAACUGUCACCGCACUGCUUCAAUGGUCUGCUGGACACUUCUGCGGCAGGUCAUAGUGGGUAAUCUUCUUCCUGAGGCGGUCACAUGGUUCUACACCAGUGUCCUCCGAGGCCUUCAGGUUCAUGGGCAGCAUGAGGUCUGCAACUCCACCCUCUCUCAGCUUGCAAUGCUCAUCUAUGAAAACCUGCGGCCUCGCUACAUAGAGCUGAGAGCGGUGAUGACCCAGAUCCCAAACAUCAGUGUGGAGUCUCUGGGCCAGUACGACCACAGGCUCAUUGACCCCAAUGCCCAGAAGCUUGGGGACAAGAAGAGGAAAGACCAGUUCAAGAGGCUCAUUGCAGGAACAGUUGGGAAAGCUCUGUGCCAGCAGUUCAGGAAGGAGGUUCAUAUCCGGAAUCUUCCAUCGCUCUUUAAAAAGCCGAAGCCGGACAAAGAUGUACAGAGCAGUGAAGCAUUGGGCCUGGAAGCUCUCUUCUCCCCAGAGAACAAUACCCUGUAGGAGCACAUGGUGGUUCUAAUGGAUUCAUACUGACUGAAAACAGUUGUGUGUACAAACCGGGUUUCCCUCUCCAUCCUCAAGCUGGAGCAGCUCGGCUCUACCUAACAUAACUGUCAACACUCUUCUGUUUCUCAAAAGCUCUUCUUUUAUUUCAUGCCACAGCACCAGUCACACUAUAAGUAAUAUCCUUAGAAUAACACUCACACAGGUAUAUGAGAUAUUGAAAUUUGUACUACAUUUUUCAGAUUAAAUAACGGCCUGUUUCUGUGUUAAAACAUCAAGACUAGCCAUUGAUAUUUGCUCUGCAGCAGAAGCUUCAUUGAGCCACAAAACUAUCAUGAAAGGGACCAAACUGUUCUGUUGUGUCAUGUUGCGUCUUUUUCAUUUUAAGGAGGCAAUAUUUGCCCUUUGCCCACCACAGUAUGUCAGAUAUAUGGGACGAGGAAAUCUAACUGAGCGUCAAGCUGUGGUGUGAUAUACAGCAUAGGAACUGGCAUCUAAUGAUCCAAAAAAAGCAAAGAAUAGAGAAUUGCUGCAGGAGUAGUGUGUGUGUGUGUGUGUGUGUGUGUGGGGGGGGGGGCUUGUGGAGCGGUGGAGACCUUUUGUACUUGUAAAAUCUUAAUUUCAGAGGUGAGUGUUGCAGAUAUGUUAUGUGACCACGCUGCUGCUCUCGAGGCCGUUAUAUUCCGGGUCAAGAAGAAGAAAAAUCUUCGUACUCUUUUAUUUUUUUUUUGCCGUGAUUUCCUUUGACUGGACAAGCUUGAAUGCAGUCUCUGAUUCUGAAGUAUGUGCUAAAGGAAACUCAGGUGCGACGUUCCCUAAGAUGGGGUGAAGAUACUUUAUGGAAACAUAUUCAGCUGAAUAGUGAUUUGAAGUUAUUGUAGAUAUAAAUAUGAACAACAGUUUUCUGGUUUGCAGAUAUUACACAGUAGUAGUUGGUGGAUUGCAUUUUGCCGGUUCCUCAUAUCGGCACAAUUUACACCGACCCAAGUAGCGUUUUGAAUUGCUUAUUUAAUGCAAAGCACAUAUCAUACAAGUAUUUCAGCCACAUAUUGUGCCAAAAAACUCACGAUAGACUUUGACACACAACACUUUGACCAGACAAUUAUGUCUGAGAUGCAAAACCUAAUAAGAUAUGACUUCAUGAUUAUUUAAUGGUGGACUCAACAACUAAUGUGUAGCUUAAUCCAAGUCUUUCUGUUUUCUGGCUGUUUAUAUUCAUUUUUAAAGUGUUUUUUUGUGUUUGUACUGGUUUUGCCAGCCGUAAGAAAAAGAUGAACCAGCACUACAUUCCUUCAUUAUCCAAGGGAUUGUUUUUAAGCAUAAUUCGAUGGAUGUGUUUUGCUCUUAUGGAGCUUUAAUGUAGAGUGUGAUUUGUUGUGUGUUGUGUAGAUUCAGGCCAAUAAUAUAUGGGAGCUAUUUUAGCUUAGAGUGAGCCCUCUUUAAAGGGCGUAUAGACUGGUCUGCAUUUCAGGUAUUACUGAAACAGGUUCACAUCAUCCUUGCCCAGGAAUAGGAACAUUUAUGAAGCUUCACCUUCCAAUCAAUUCAUUUCACUGUCUUUGUGGCGAUCGUGUGUUCACAUGUGGCCAUUUAAAACAAAUGCUUGUGUAACACUAAAAAGUUAUGUACAAUGGAGAAAAUAUGCUUUUUAAAACUGUAGUGUGGUUUAUAUUUUGUUUUUAAAUAAAAAAUGAGAUUUCAAUUCAUCUCAAAUGCAUAUCUUUUGGUUUCUUUUAAAUUUAGAAUAAAUGGAAAAGUAGCUCAACUUAUUUUUACUUGCUACAGAUUGACAUAUUUGCUUCUUAUUAGUUAUAUAUUUUGUUUUUGCUCAUGCACAAUUUUCAACAUUUUGCAAAAUGACCAACAUGGUGAAGAAGUUGCAAAUAUAGAUUAGGGUGAAAUAUAAUCCUAAAGAAGAAACAACUACAAUGUGGAUA